CUCAAAAGAAGACAAGCCCUCACGGUUUGUAUCCACCCCUGGCUUUACUGACUGCUACCCCAGUAAUAAACAACCCAGAAGCUGAAGACACCAAUAAAUAAAUAAGGCUAUCUUAAAAGGUGACAUGAACCUUGAAGAAUAUUUUGCGAGAACUGGCUAUAAAGGUUCCCUUGAAAAACAAGAUUUGGAAACCUUAACUGAUAUAUUCCAGCACCACAUCCGUGCUGUUCCCUUCGAAAACCUCAGCAUUCAUUGUGGGGAGAAAAUUACUUUGGAGUUGGAGCAUGUUUAUAAUAAAAUUGUGCGGAGGAAGCGGGGUGGCUGGUGCAUGGAAAACAACCAGCUGUUGGGCUGGGUCCUCAAACGCCUGGGGUAUGACGCCAGCUUUCUGGGAGCAUAUGUGUUCAAUCCACAUCAAAACGCGUAUGCCACCAUCAUGACCCAUCUCCUUGUAAAGGUAGCGAUUGACGGCAGAGACUAUAUAGUUGAUGGAGGCUUUGGUGUAUCUUAUCAGAUGUGGCAGCCCAUGGAGCUCGUGUCAGGGAAAGACCAACCCCAGGCUCCCGGCAUCUUUCGCUUCACGGAAAAAAACGCCAUCUGGUACCUUGAGAAAGUGAGACGGAAACAAUAUAUCCCCAACCAAAGUUUCUCUAAUUCUGAUCUUCUAGAGAAAAAAGAGUGUCGUAAAGUUUACAUGUUCAGCCUUGAGCCACGGACAGUGGAAGAUUUCCAUUUCCAGUGCACGUACCUUCAGACCUCUCCUGAUUCCCUCUUCACAAAGAAGUCCAUCUGCACCCUCCAGACCACUGAUGGCUUUCGAGCGCUAAUUGGGUGGACGCUCACUGAGACCAUAUACAACUACAAGGAAAAUAUGGAUUUGGUGGAAUUCGUAAAUCUUGAAGAUGAAGAGAUAGAAAAAACCCUCAAAGAGAAAUUCAACAUAACCCUAGACAGAAAACUUGUCCCAAUUAAUGUUAAAGGAUUUUACACAAUCUAGAUGGCCAGGAAAACGUACAAUAAUGCUACACAGGUGCAGUAACUUCCACUGUCUGUGCAACUAUUGCAAGAUUAUGUGCAGGCGAUUGAAGAAAAAAUGUAUUAAUAUGAGAUUAAAGUGAAUGGCACUCUGGGAAAAACCAGGAAUUUAAGACUCUUCAGUCAGGUAGACAGAAUUAUUUGCUGCGACAUGACUGCAGUUCAAUUUUUCGCACAAACUUGGGUAAGAAAUGUGUCUGGGGAAUUUUGGAGUGCAUAUAGCACAUAAAUAGGAGUAUGGAUUAUUAAUUGUGAUAUGCCGCCAACACAUUCACUAUGGUUAUUAUAUGGAGAAAAGUAAUCUGUGAGCAUUUAGACAAUGAAGUACGUAUUUAAAACUUCAUCGUUCACAAGAUCAAACCACUUGCAGAUCAUCUCAUUUCUCUACCUCUAAUAUAAGUAAAACAAAGUCAUCUUUGAAAGAACCAUUAAGAGGAAUGAUUCUUUCACCAUCAUCCUUAGACAAAACAUAGUACAAAAUGAAAAUUAUCAUCAUGUAUAUCCCUUUUGCCAUUACUGCAGUAAAUUGCCCAAAGUAAUUUUUGGUAUGUACAUAUUUUUCCGGUGAUGAAAACUGUAUAUAUUGCACCAUUAUUGUGGCUGAUAGGCUGUAAGGAGAUACCUACAAGCUUUGCUUCUGAUAAUUAAUCAUCAUAUAAAGCGUGAAUGGUGAUUAAACAUCACAACUGGCUUAAGAUUUAUUUCUGUCCCAAAAGGGGUGGAAAUUUUGUAUUUUACCAUUGCAAAUUAUUUUUAUAACAAAGGUAGAACAACGACGCUAAGCCCACUAUAUCCUUAAUUCUUCCCUUUUUGUGCACAGUAAUAUGGGACUCUAUAUGGCUGUCCUGAAUGAGUACUGCUUAGCACAAGAGCUUUCAUGUCACAAGCAAAUUCAUUCAUCUGUAUCAAAGUGAAAACAAUCAAGGAGCUGACAAAAUCUUUCUUUAGAAUUUCUUCAGAAUUAUUUCACAAUCACAUUUCCCCAUUUUUUAAAAAUUGUUUUCCGCCUACCAUGCCUCUCUGCAAAAAGCCCAACAAGGAAGCCACCGAUAAAGGGGAAACAUUCUCCAAAGCAUCAAAAAAAUAGCAGAAACACUGAAAAACACUUCCUCCCCAAUCUACGAUAACCCUAAGUAUUGGUCCAAUGUUGAUUCCUCCCUCUGAUAGUGUAUCUUUUUGCUCAAAGACAUGACUUGAUCAUAAAUCUCACAAAUACUUUAAGUGUAUGCCUGAAAAUAAAUAAAGCAAAAUAAAAACAUAAAUAGUUGCUUUAA